UGUACCUACUAUUUGGUCCCCCACAAUUACUGAAAAGGGUUUAGAAUUGCUGGCUAUGACACCUCGGUGUAUAGUUAUUCUCCAAUAAAAUACUGUGUUGAAUCUCAUGUUCCGUUUAAUUAAACAAAUCGAAAAACCUCGAAAAAGGUGAAAUGUUUCCUCCGGAAGAGUUUUCAAGUGACAAUGGGAGAUUAAUCGCUGCAGUCGCAAGUUGACACCGAUGUUAUUGGACUAUUGUAUUGGAGAUAGAUGAGGAGGUGAAUUCAUGAAGGAACAGCAAUGCACUAGAAAAGGGAUCCAGUGAAGUGUGAACAUAGAGCCGAAGUACCCAAUAGUCUUACACGGUCAGAAACAUGUUCACUGCAACCCAGACCUCCAAGACCCAGUUCUUGGACAAAGCCCGGCAGCUGAGGGAGGAGAGGAAAGGUUACAAAGAGAAGGAGAGAGCUGCCACUCUCAUGCAGGCGCUGGUCAGGAGGUUCCUCUGUCGCUGUGCAUUGCAGAAAGAAAUCAGAAAAGAAGUUGAUGAGUUUUUUGCUGCCAGCGAGGCGGGCACAACGAAGAGAAAUGCAUUAUCCAUAUUUAAGAUUGCACGGAAGUUAUUGUUCAUCUGUGGCAAGGAUGACAAAUUGCGCUUUGAGAAGCUCUGCCGUGCCAUUCUCAGCAGCAUGGAAGUUGACAAUGAACCUAAAGUGUGGUAUGUGUCCUUGGCCCUGUCCAAAGACCUCACCAUCCCCUGGCUCAAGCAAAUUAAAGAUGUCCUGUGGAUGUGCUGCGAGUUCCUCAAAAAAACUAAAGGUUGGUCACCUGACAUAAUGCAGGACAGUAAGCUGGUGACACUACACCUCACUAUGCUCAUCACAUUCACUGACACUGCUACCUGGAAGAUUGUGAAAGGGAAAGGAGAACCAUUGAAACCGGCCCUGAAUAGAAUGUGUGAGAACAUCAUGGGCCAUCUCAACCAGAAGGGAUUUUACUCCGUGUUGCAGAUUUUGCUCACAAAUGGAUUGGCAAGAUCCAGGCCCUCUCUGACCAAGAGCAUGUUAACAGCCAUAUUUACACUCUCCCUCAGACCUGUGAUCGCUGCACACUUCUCAGAUAACCUGCUGAGGUCCUUCCUCAUCCACAUCAUGUCUGUUCCAGCAGUCAUUUCUCACCUCAACACACUAACCCCUGAGUGCAUGGCCACUAUCCAGACUCAUGACCUCCUGAGGAAGUUCAUCUUGUUCUUGAGUCGAGAGGAACAGUGCCUUGAUAUCUGUGUCUGCCUGGAGGGAAGUCACACACUGUGCUUACUAGGUAACCUUAUUCACCUGGGUUUCCUGAAUGAGAAGGUGCUGGAGGAGGAGGCCAACCACUUUGUGAAGGACCUGACGGACAUGCUGUCGUACUGCCAGAGAUACGUGUCUCAGAAGAAGUCCAACCUCACACACUGGCACCCCGUAUUGGGAUGGUUCUCCCAGACUGUGGAUUACGGUCUGAACGAAUCCAUGCCCCUGGUGACACGGCAGCUGCAGUACCUGUGGGGCGUGCUCAUCAUCCGCACACUCUUCUGCGACGUGCUCAGCAAGAAGCUGGAGGCCCAGGAGCCCACCCCUCCUCCCCCACCUCAACCAAGCGCGUCGCAGAACAACCUGCCGGUCAAGAACCUGUUCAAACGGGCAUUCCAGAAGUCGGCAUCGGUGCGGAACAUCCUGAAGCCAGUGGGCGGGAAGCGCGUGGACUCGGUCGAGGUGCAGAAGGUGUGCAGCAUCUGUGUGCUGUACCAGACCGCCCUGACCACCCUCACCCAGAUCCGCCUGCAGAUCCUCACCGGCCUGACCUAUCUGGACGACCUGCUGCCCAAGCUGUGGGCCUUCAUCUGUGAGCUGGGGCCACAGGGCGGGCUCAAACUCUUCCUAGAGUGCCUCAACAACGACACGGAGGAGUCCAAGCAGCUGCUCGCCAUGCUCAUGCUCUUCUGCGACUGCUCACGCCACCUCAUCACGAUCCUAGAUGACAUUGAAGUCUAUGAAGAGCAAAUAUCGUUCAAAAUAGAGGAGCUUGUCACCAUUUCCUCGUUUCUCAAUACAUUUGUCUACAAGAUGAUUUGGGACGGCCUCCUUGAGAAUGCCAAAGGUGAGAAGCUAGAUCUGUUCCAUAGCGUCCAUGGCUGGCUAAUGGUCCUUUACGAGCGAGACUGCAGACGGAGAUUCUCUCCAGAUGACCACUGGCUCCGCAAGGACCUGAAGCCCAGUCUGCUGUUCCAGGAGCUGGAGAAGGGCAAGAAGAGGGCCCAGCUGCUACUGCAGUACAUCCCGCACGUCAUCCCGCACAAAAACCGGGUGCUGCUGUUCCGGAACAUCGUGAUGAAAGAGAAGGAGACGCUGGGCCUGGUGGAGACGAGCCAGGCCUCCCCGCACGUCACGCACAUCACCAUCCGCCGCUCACGCAUGCUGGAGGACGGGUACGACCAGCUCCGGCGAUUACCAGUCAACUCCAUCAAAGGAGUGAUCCGUGUGAAGUUUGUCAACGACCUGGGUGUGGACGAGGCUGGUAUUGACCAGGACGGUGUCUUCAAGGAGUUCUUAGAAGAGAUCAUCAAAAAGGUCUUCAACCCUGCACUGAAUCUGUUCAAGACGACCAGCGGGAACGAGCGCCUCUACCCGUCGCCCACGUCCAACAUCCACGAGAACCACCUGCAGCUCUUUGAGUUUGUGGGCAAGAUGCUGGGCAAGGCCAUGUAUGAGGGCAUCGUGGUGGACGUGCCCUUCGCAUCCUUCUUCCUCAGCCAGGUGCUCGGACACCACCACAGCACCUUCUACAGCUCCAUCGACGAGCUGCCCUCGCUCGACUCUGAGUUCUACAAGAACCUCACCUCCAUCAAGCGCUAUGAUGGAGACGUGAGUGACCUGGGGCUGACCCUAUCGUAUGACGAGGAGGUGAUGGGACAGUUGGUUUGCCAUGAGCUCAUUUGUGGUGGGAAGACCAUGCCUGUGACCAAUGAAAACAAGAUCAGCUACAUCCACCUGAUGGCGCACUUCCGGAUGCACACACAGAUCAAGGAGCAGACGGCGGCAUUCAUCCGCGGCUUCCGCUGCAUCAUCAACCACGAGUGGCUGCACAUGUUCUCCACGCCCGAGGUGCAGCGCCUCGUCUCUGGGGACAACGCCGAGAUCGACCUGGAUGACCUCAAGAAACACACUGUGUAUUAUGGAGGUUUCCACAGCAGUCAUCGUGUGAUCAUCUGGCUGUGGGACAUCCUCUCCAGUGACUUCACCCCGGAGGAGAGGGCCAUGUUUCUCAAGUUUGUCACCAGCUGUUCCAGGCCCCCUCUGCUGGGCUUUGCCUACCUCAAACCCCCCUUCUCCAUCCGCUGUGUGGAGGUGUCCGAUGACCAGGACACGGGGGACACUUUGGGCAGCGUGCUGCGGGGGUUCUUCACCAUCCGCAAGAAGGAGCCAGGCGGCCGGCUGCCCACCUCGUCCACCUGCUUCAACCUGCUUAAGCUGCCCAACUACAGCAAGAAGAGCAUCCUGCGCGACAAGCUGCGCUACGCCAUCAGCAUGAACACGGGCUUCGAGCUCUCCUAACGCCCAGCCCCCUCGGCCAGCCAUCCAGCCAGCCAGCCACGGAGCACCAGAGCGAACGCCGCAUGCUCCAUCGCUUGUCACACCCAUAUGUACACACCUACACACACAUAUACACACACACAUACACACACACACACACACUCACACUGAAAGACCUAUGAGGCAGUUGAAACCCUGUGGAGAUGUAUGGAAUCCCUGGUCCCCUGCCUCCCCUGAAUGACUUACCUGUAAGAUAAGAGAAGGACUACUAAGCUCUUUCUUCCUAAAAGACCCUGUCUCAGCAUCUGAAGCGCCUCAGGAGCCUCAGUCGCCUUACUGAAAUUAGACCCUCAACAGAGGUGGCCUCUGCGGCAGGCGUUUUUUUGGGCAGCCCCUCCUGAACUUCUGCGGAGUUUCUGGCCCCUCAGCAGCGGGCAGUCUGUCCCUCUGCGCCGGAAGGAAACUCUCCCAUAGAGGCCAGAGCGAGCGGGACUGUCUGUGCGAGGCCUCCGCACUAAACUCUGAUCCUAAAGAACUCGCCAAAGGAGUGGAAAGGAGGGGGGGAAACGAAGCAAAAUGACACACCCUUGGCGUUACGCCAGUAUUUCUCAGGCCCCCCCCAUCCCCUGGUAGCCCCUGGCCAUGCGAAUGGGGAUGCAACCUUUGACCUGGAAAGCAAUACAGACACAACAAGACAACAAAGCCAUGCAAGACACGCACACUCACCUAACCUAUCUACACACACACACACACACACACACACACACACACACACACACACACACACACACACACACACACACACACACCUACAUAUCUCCAUGAACCCAGACAGAAUGAGGAAAUGGGGGUCAGUGUUCUGUGGCACAGCUUGUUGACGUCUGUCUAUUGAGGAGCUCAGUGCAGCGCCAGUGUGGCUGUUCCUCUCGGCUUCAUAAGAGUGUGUGAGAGUGUGAUUAAAAAUGGACAGCACUGAACAGCUUGGAUGAAGUAAUGCUGUGGAGGUAGUGUAAGAGACAGAAAGAAUGACCUUUUUGUGAAAGACCCAUUUCAUCUCCUAUAGUUCUCUCCCUUAUUCUAACACUAACAGUCUCCGUGUGGAGGUGACAUCCUGCACAUAAAUGAAACAUUUAUUUUUUUGCACAUCUUUUAGACAUAUGCAGAGACAGUGUCCUGUUGUACCACUUUGCUUUUGAACUGACACACCUCUCACUCCUUAAUGUCUUUACAAUGACAGAUGUCCAUGUACUGUUUAACAUUUUUGAUGUUAGGUCCCCUUUUCUCUCAUUUAUUUACAUUUUAAUGUAUGUUAUAUUAACACAGGCACUGAGUUGUCCUAUUAUGAUGUUAACCUCCAGUCUGAGGUUUGUAGCCAGAAACUUUGUCCUACUCCAUAUGGGUUCCAUAAAGAGAUCUGGAAA